AUGGCCGAAGAAGAUCUUAUCAACCAAUUCACGUCAGUUACCAGCGCACCUAGACAUCUUGCAGAGCAAUAUCUUGCCAGGAACGAUGACAAUUUGAUUGAGUCAAUUGAAGACUACUAUGCGAAUGCGCAGACUGCCACCGGAGGAGGAAGCAGUAGUAUAAGCGGAGGAGAAGCGAAGAAAACCAGUCAAAAACCUGCCGGUGGGAUCAGGACCUUCAGAGAUCUUAACCAAGAAGAAGAUGAUGAAGACGAUAAAACUAAUACAAAUUUCUUCACAGGAGGUGAGAAAUCCGCAUUGCAAGUCGAGGAUCCCAACAAGAAAGACGGCAAUGGGCGUGGAUCUGGGGCCAGAGGAAGCGAGAGGUCCUUAGUCGAUCAAAUUUUCCAAAGAGCCAAGGAGCAAAUGGAUCAACCAGAUGAUCGUCCAUCAGCUAAUAGAGACGACGAUGACGAUGAAGACAGCGAAGAUAAUACCCCAAAAUUCACAGGCUCUGGGUUCAAAUUGGGUGAUGGUACUGAGCCAUCAACUGAAAUUAAAUCUGCAGAGGAGCUUGGUGGACAAGGACUGAGAAAAGUGCCAAGUAAAGUCACAAGAGAAAUUAUCUUCUGGAAGCAAGGAUUCACGGUUGCAGAUGGUCCGUUGCAUAGAUAUGACGACCCUGCAAAUGCUGCGGUUAUGCAAGAAUUGAACAGAGGUAGAGUUCCCAUGGCUCUUUUGGAUGUUGAAUUUGGACAGGACGUAGAUGUCAGCGUUUACAAGAAGACCGACGAAGACUGGACACCUCCAAAGAGGAAAGUAGGAGGAUUCCAUGGCCAGGGCCAAAGAUUGGGAUCACCAGUUCCGGGAGAUGUCAAUGUAGACCAAGCAGAACCAUCGGGAGUUGCCGAGUCGGUUUCUUCUCCUCUAGCCACUGAGCCUGCUACACUGUCUGCUCCAGAAGGUGAAGAAGGAGAUUCGUUGGUUCAAAUUAGAUUUGCCAAUGGUAAGAGAACAUCGCACAAAUUUAAUUCAUCGGACGCCGUGUCAGUUGUGUAUGACUUCGUCAAGACGCACCCAGAUGCUCCGUCCGAUUCAGCAAGCAGACCGUUCAUCUUGUCGCACUCAUUCCCUAAGAAGCCAAUCGAGGAUAGCCAAGAGGUCACAGUGGCAGAGGCAAAAUUGAAGAAUGCUGUGAUUGUUCAGUUCUGGAAGUAG